AUGAAUGAAGCGACUUUCCUCACCAUGACCCGCGCCCAAGGCUUCACAGUACUAGUCUCAAAAGACCGCGCCUCAUCCCUCCUAGCACAAAUGGUCCUCCUAAACCGAAUACUCUCGGAGAUCAAUGACUUCAACAUCAAAGCCGCUACCACAACCCUCACCGAAGAAUACAAAACAAAAACCAUCGCAUCUCUCUCUGAAGACCUCAAUACCUGGCUCAAAAACCUACCAGCACACAUGCACGACACGCCCUCAAACCUCCAAUCCUACGCCUCCCAAGGCCAAGGCCAGCUCUUCGUAACCCUCUACCUAGGCUACUACCACUACGGCCAAAUGCUCUUCUACCGCUUCCUCCACGAAGACGUCCGAGGCUACACACCACGCACGCAUUUCUACGCACAGCAAUGCAAAGAACAUGCCGUUCGGCUCUGCGAGAUAAUCUACCGCUCCGAGGAAGUACCCGGCUGUGACGUGCUGUACAGUAUGGUCGGACAUGUGCUCGUUAUUGCGUCGACGGUACAGAUCCAUACGUUGCUUUUUGGUGACGAGGAGAGUGUUGUUCGGGCGAGGGCGAGGCUGGAGAAGAAUUUUGUUAUUCUGACUAAACUGCGUGCGUUGUGGCCUACGCUUGAUAUUUGUAUGGAGCGGUUGCAGGCUUUUCAUCGGGCUUGUAGGAGCUCGGUUGAUACUAGUUUUUGUAUGGAUGCAUGGAUGGUGAGGUUUUUGGUUGAGUUUGCUAAUCCGAUUAGCGAUAAACACGGUGUGGAGAGGCCCUGGGCUUUGGAGGAGAUUGGAAUUUGCUAG